AUGUCUCUCUCUCGGGCAUUCACAGUCAGAAGGUCGAAUAAGUUAUCAGAUUCGAGUCCCGCUGGCCCUUCGAGAAGCUUGACAACAAAGCGCUCACACAUUGGUGGCACAAUUCGUCAUAAGAUAUCGGCACCAAUGGAACUUAUUUCAACCACGAAUAUGAUUUCUUACAAUGCACCUAACGUUCCACAGCGAGCUACCUCGCUCUCUUCAAUUUCAAGCGAAUCGGAUAGCUCUCCAGUGGAAUCAAUCUCAUCAAUGUCAUCCAUAGACUCAUACUCUGUUGGAUCAGCAUCGCCAACCAAUCUCAAACCAAAUCAUUUGUCAUGCUAUUUUGGAUCACCGGUAACAACAGACGAGCCACCAUCUAUCCCAAAGCGAGCACCUUCGCACAUGAAAGUAAAGAUCUCUUCAAAAACAGGAUCCUCUACUCAAAAAUCUACACUCAAGUAUGCGAAGCCUUCAAAUGAACCACUCCCUAAAAGACAAGCUUCAUUAGUAAACUCUAUGUCUCCAAACUUAACAUCAAUGGCACGCUCAUCUUUGAAUAUGUUCUCACCUCAAAUUGAGACAGUUUCACAGAUUGUUACUGAUAAUGAACCAAUCCAGACUCUAGACAACAUCCAACACAGUUUAAUGCGACAUAUUGCGAAUAUAGACCCUGAAGAACAAGAACUUGUAUCGCGCGGACUUUACAAGUUUGAAGCUGAGGAUUAUGAAAAUGAGCUUGAUGAACUAUAUCAUUAUGUCUUUGGAGAGUCAAAGUCAGCAUCAAGCCUGUGGAUUUAA